UUUAAGCGUUUGCGUUUUAUGUUUUCCGAAAGAAAUAAAAAUAACAUUGCCGGCUUUUAAACAUAAUUAUUUUGAAUAUCCAUAUGCAUGUGAGAAAAGUGUCAGAUUUACUUGCAGUAUACUUGUAAACUUCUAUCCAACAUAUCAAUAUUUUGGCUAUAAACUUUAUGAGUUAAGAAAUCAAUGUAAAAAGGCAUAAACAUGUCGCUAACUAUCAAUACCCUAAAUCAGUACAUCCAGUACGUAGAACGAGCAUACAGAACUGCACAGGGGGAACUCCUGGCUAGACUGUUCUCUCUGCGAGACGAUCAUGUAGGGAACAGGAGUCUGCGGUCAAGCGACAUCGCGACCCUGGUGGAUGGGAACUGUGUGGCGCCGCUGGACGAUAUUGUCAUAGCUCACUUGUUGUGUGUCAGAGCACUUUUCAUGAAGGACUACAUGGAGGCAUUCAACUACCAGAGCUCCUGUGUGUCAUCUGUGGUGCGUCUGCUGCAGAACCAGAAGGAGGAGAACUGGAGUCUUCCGCUUAUGUACACUGUCUGCUUGGACCUGCGUCUAGUGGCUCAGAAGGCUGAAGGUGCUAAUAUGCAAAGUAAUGGAAAAAUCAUGGAAAAAGCAGCAGAGAGCUUAUUAGCAUGCUUCAGAGUAUGUGCUGCAGACAACAGAUCUUCUGACGAAGACACCAAGAGGCUGGGCAUGUUGAACCUUGUGAACCAACUCCUUAAGGUCUAUUUUAGAAUAAACAAGUUGCACUUAUGCAAACCGCUGAUUAGGGCAAUAGAUUCGUCACCAUUCAAAGACCAGUUUCCACUCGCUCAGCAGAUCACAUACAGGUAUUUUGUAGGCCGUAAAGCAAUGUUUGACUCUGACUACCGCUCAGCUGACGAAUUCUUGUCAUUCGCAUUUCAAAAGUGCCACUACAAAAGCAACAAAAACAAAAGACUGAUACUAACUUACUUAGUACCCGUGAAGAUGCUCCUAGGCUUCAUGCCAGCCAGAGAUCUGCUUCAGAAGUAUGACUUAAUGCAGUUUUGGGAUUUAGUAUCAGCUGUCAAAAAUGGAGACCUGCGAGGAAUUGACAAGGUAAUGGAGGAGCACGAGAUAUUCUUUAUCAGAGCUGGCAUUUACUUGAUUGUAGAGAAGUUGAAGAUUACAGCGUACAGGAAUUUGUUUAGAAAAGUUUUUUUGGCAGAGGGUACGCAUCAGAUUGAUAUAGCGAGCUUCCAAGCUGCUUUACAGUUGAUGGGCCAGCAUGACGUCGAUGCCGAUGAGACGCAGUGUAUAGUAGCCAAUUUAAUAUACGAUGGGAAGAUUAAAGGUUAUAUUUCAUACCAACACAAGAAAGUGGUGGUGAGUAAGGCAAAUGCGUUCCCUCCGCUUUCUAGUCUGUACUAAUGUGUUUACGCAAUGUAUAUUUAUGACUGUUUUUUUAAGAAUAAAUCUCAAAUGAAACACUAA